UAAAACUUAUAGAUCAUGGAAAAUUCUAAUCAAUAAUUAACUUAACGUAUUUGGUUGCGACGAGUGAUAUCGAUUAAACAUCAAUUUAAAAAUUCAAUGGGAAGCAUUUAUUGUGCAAACGAGAAUAUUACCAUUAACAUUAAAACACGCUUGCAAAAUGAUGAAUCAAGUGAUGAGAUCAGCACCAAAUUCAUCAACCGAAAAAGAAAUGAUCGCUAUGGCGGAGGAAGAGUUGGCCAGACUACAAAGACAGUUACGAAUAAUGGAAGAUGACAGAAUGGCGUUCUCAGAUGAAACCAGUUCAAAACUCGAAAAGCAACGAAGAAUUAUCGAGCUUCUCCGCAAAGAAAAAGCAAAAUUAUGUGAAGACAUCAACGUUGCUACUUGCAAAAACCAAAAACGUAAAGAUAAAAGAUUAUCCAAAGAGAUUUACAAGCUCUUAGAGGUAUACGAGGAAUAUUGUGAAAGGGUUAGGGUGGAAAAGGAGGAAAUCGUCGAAAUGGACGUUCAAAUUAAAAAACUUGAGUCUGAUAUUAAAAAUUUACGGCCAAAGAGCUCAGUUACGGAGAACCAUUUUCAAACUCGUCUAACUAGCGGACAAAAAACUCUGCAGAUUUUGAAAAAUCGACUUGAUAAUAUGGUGAAAAAGUUUUGUGCAAUUUUGGCUACUAAUAAAGAGCUUAGAGAGGAAAUUAAUCAUUUGUUAAAAGAGAGGAACCAUUUCAAUGAUGUCUGGGAAAAACUACUAAAAGACAUACAUUCUGGUAAGAGAUACAUGGUUGACUUAAUAGAACAGGCCACCAUAGCUUUCGAUCAACGUGAAGAAUGGUGUUCAAAGCUCGAUGCAUUAAAAAAACGAGCUGAAGUGGAUUUUGUAUUACAUUCUGAGGAGAUGCGCGAAAUUCAACGUAGACUUGACCAAUAUAUGACACUGCGUGAGUUCCUCUGCGUAAAAGGCCAAAAGAGAAUAUUAAAAGACUUAGAAGAGAAAGAGAGACUGAAGAAGGAAAUGCAGCAGCAAAACUUGGAGGAUCAACUAGAGGUGUAUGAAACUACUCUGAAGAAAAUUCAAGUUUUUUGUAAAGAAGAAGAUGUGGAUAGGAUCGCAGCUUUGUUUCUUAAGCAAGAGGAAGAGAACUUUGCCCUUUUUAACUACGUGAAUGAGUUGAGCCAUGAGAUUGAAUCGUUGACUUACGUUAUGGAUGAAUUGCAUGAAAAGAUUGAUGACCAAAUUGAACUUAGCAACGAAAGGGCCAAGCAGCGACAAUCUACCAUUAGUUCGUUGCAAGUUGAUUUGGAUGAGGCUACCAAAAAGGCAGAAGAAGAUGAACAAGAAGUACAAAAAGCCGCAGAUAACUUACAAAAGGUUCUUAAUGGUAUUGAAAAAGUUUUUGAAAUUGUUAAUUGCGAUAAAGGACCUAUUUUGAAACUACUUGGUGAAAAUGCCAGUAUUAAUUUGUUUAAUGUCAAAAUUUAUUUGGGAACUAUUGAGAAGAAAUUGUCUGGCAUAAUAACGGAUCUUUAUUUUGCUGAAAAAUCGAUGCUGUCACAUCCCAAAAAGAUCAAGACUGUUCUUUCUCCUCACUAAUUUAUAACUUGAAUCGUCUAUUUAUCUGUAGGGAAGUAAAUCAAUAAUUUUUCAAAGAUUUAAUAGUAUUUUAAAAUAAAAAAAAAUAUUGUAUUAGCGGCUCAAUUUACAUACUAUGAUGAUUCCAUUGUUGCCAGACUGUUUUUAGGUUAGGUAUGAUAGGCAUUUUAAGUUAAAUCACGAGACACAUAUACUUCAGCAAUUAUAUUGAUAUACAAAGCUAGUAGUUUGGGUUCGAAUCACGACACCUAUAAAGCUUGUGAAUUGAUCUAGUAAGGGCUAAAAAAAUUGCAAAUUUUGGUCAAUAUAAAUAUGGAAAUAUUGGAUAGUUGUACAAAACUUGCAACAUCAGAAUGACUAUUAACAUAUAGGAGCUUGUAAUGUUUACUAGAUUAAUA